AUGCACGAAGACUCUCCAAAGAAGACUCGUGGAUCUCCAGCCCUCAGGAAAAAUCAAGAGCGUGAUAGCAGCAUGUUGGACCAAAACAAAGAGUCAUCAAAGGACAAGGGUCGUCCUGCCAGGACCAAGCUGCUGAAAAGGAAGGCCAGUCCUGAACGGGUUACCCUCGGGAAAAGGUUAAGACUCCCUGAACCUGAACAGCCAAGCACAUCUGAGGAGGAUGUGACCAGGAGAGGCGCUAAGAGGAGGGCAGCCGCCGAUGAUGAAGGACCGAACAAGAAGAUGAAGAAGAGCCCGGACCAAGAGGAGACCAAACGUAAGACCAAGAACAGGGGUCGUCCUGUCAGGACCAGGCUGCUAAAAAGGAAGUCCAGUUCUAAACAGGUAACCCUUGCGAAAAUGUUAAGACUCCCUGAACUUCAACACCCAAGCACAUCUGAGGAGGAUGUGACCCGCAAAGGCACUAAGAAGAGGGCAGCCGCUGAUGAUGAAGGACAGAACAAGAAAAUGAAGAAGAGCCCGGACCAAGAGGAGACCAAACAGGAGACUCAGAAUGAACCUGAACGGGUAACUCUCAGGAAAAGGUUAAGACUCCCUGAACCUGAACAGCCAAGCACAUCUGAGGAGGAUGUCAGGGUCAGAGGAGUGAAGAGAAGAGUUAGAGAAGACGGAGAGGGACCCAAAAAAAAGCUCGUAAAGAGGCGACUGGACCAAAUAAGAAAUGAAGAGACUGCGUCUCCCUCAGCAGAUUCUGAAAGAGGGAGCUGCGACACAUCUGCGGAGGAUGUGACCAGGAGAGGCGCGAAGAGGAGGGCAGCCGGCGAAGGACUGACCAAGAAGAGGAAGAAGCGCCCGGAUCAAGAGCAGACCAAGGACGAGACGAAGGAAAAGAUUCAGGAUGAUCUGCUAAAGGAGGCCGGAGCAGAAUUUGAAGCUAAAUACGAGCAACAGGGUCACCUGGGCCAAGGAGGAUGCGGAUGUGUUUUUGCUGGCUAUCGCAAAUCAGACAAUUUACCAGUUGCCAUCAAGCACGUCCCGAAAGAUAAAGUUUUCUGCAAACACAAGGACGCCAGCGGACAGAAGCUCUCUGUGGAGGUCGCCGUUAUGUUGGAACUUGCGGCCGGACCAAAGGGAUCAGCGGGGGAAUCGGCCCCCAUUUCUCUACUGGACUGGUACGAUCUGGACCAGGAGCUCAUCUUGGUGCUGGAGAGACCAAUUCCCUCCGAAGACCUGUACCAGUACAUCAGUGACCGCGGGGGCUCCCUACGGGAGGAGGAAGCAAAGAUCAUACUGAAACAGCUCAUAAAUGCGGUAAUUGUACUUGAUGAUAAGUGCAUUUUUCACCGCGACAUCAAGUUGGAAAAUGUCCUGAUUGAGACCGGCUCGGACGUUCCCCGGGUUCGCAUCAUCGACUUCGGCCUGAGCUGUUUUACCAAGAAAAAUUCACGUCAUCGCCUCUUUUACGGUACCUCUGCUCACACCCCUCCGGAGUGGUACAAAUAUUUUGCCUACACGGCCGGCCCUACCAACGUGUGGCAGCUGGGAGUGGUACUGUUUGAAAUGUUGCACAGAGCCGGAUUUGAGACAAUGAGCUUCCUCCGAAAACGACUGAGGAUCAGCAAGAGGCUGUCAGAAGAUGAUGCGGUUCUGUUGGCUUCUUCAUACGGUGACCUCCAGCAUGCACGGGGGAGGUUUGCAGCCGAGUGCAAAGCGGUCGGGAUGAGAGUCAGCACCUCCAAGUCUGACGCAAUGAUUCUCAGCCGGAAAGCAGUAGAUCGCCCUCUCUGGCCCAAGCGAAGGAAUUCAAAUAUCUCAGCGACUUGUUCAUGA